AUGGAGGUUCAUAAACGGAAAUAUUUACACGACGGAGAAAUUGAAGUAAAGAAACAAAUAAAAACGGAGAAAAAUGACGGAGCGGCGGUGGCGGUGGACGACGACGAAGUGGAGAAGUUUUAUGCUAUUUUGCGGAGAAUACGUGUGGCGGUAAAGUAUUUCGAGAAGGGAAACGCCGAGGGCGGUGGCGCCGGGAGAAAUCUGUCUGCGGCGAUGCCGUGGAAUCCGAAUUUCCGGCAUGAAGAUUUUAAACCGGUUGUUGACGGCGUUAAGGAGAGAGAAAAAGUGGAAGAUAAUGCGGGUUUGGAUCUUAACGCUGACCCGGUUACUGAUCCGAAUUCAGAAGCUAAUUAA